AUGUAUUGCUUGUCAAUCAAACACUACAAACAAUUUUCAUUAAGAACUGUCUUAAUUCUCGGAUUUAUUUUUUUGGUGUUUUUGUGGAAAUCACUCGAUAUCUCAAUUGAAUUUGGAAAGCCUUUGAUCAAAGGAGAUUUGUAUACUUCUGUAGUUCAAAAGAAGAGUUUACGAUCGAACAAUGAACGAACCGUGAAGUUAAUUCUACUUUAUACCAAGUUUUUUGGAGACUUCUGGAAUGAUCAUCCAUCUUUAGGCCCUCUUCGACCACCCAUCCUUCCUGGAAGAGAAGCCUUUGAUGACUGCGAUUACAAAUGUGAAAUUACAUACGAGCAUGAUCUAUUACCAUUGGCCGAUGCAGUUGGAUUUCAUGGCCCUGAUAUUCAUCUGUUAUCGUCGAAUUCAUUGCCAAAUCGAACCCGACCUGAUCAAAUUUGGUUUUACUACAUCCUCGAGAAUCCGACAAACUGUAAUAUUUCUUCUUCUCUUAAUAGGAUUUUUAACUGGACGAUGUCUUAUCGACAGAAUUCAGAAAUUUAUAUUCCAUAUGGGAAAUAUUCCUCUUUAGAACCUGGUGACAUAGUGAAGGAGGUUGACUUGACGUACAAAGACUUGUUCGUUGCUUGGAUGGCUAGUAAUUGUAGAGAAACAGAGCGGAAUACUUAUGUCGGAGAGCUACAAAAAUUUAUACCAGUUGAUGUAUAUGGACACUGCGGUAGAUUUACCUGCCCUCUACCGAGACGCUCGUCUUCUUGUAGGCUACUUUUAAAGCGCUAUAAAUUUUAUCUCGCAUUUGAAAAUGGUAAUUGUCAUGAUUAUAUCACGGAGAAAUAUUGGGAUAACGCUUUGGAAAAUGAUAUUGUUCCUGUCGUUAUGGGUGGAGCAGAUUACUCGAGUCCCGCGCUGGCGAUCCCGAACUCGUACAUGGACGUGCGGGACUUUGAUUCGCCUAAAGACCUCGCAGAAUACCUCAUUUAUCUUAGUCAAAACGAUUCGGCUUACAUGGAAUAUUUCCAAUGGAAAAAGAAGUAUAAACUAGUCGCUCCAAUGAGAGCGUGUCCAAUGUGUACGGCGUUGUAUAACCAAGAACUUUACGAUCCUCCAAGAACUAUAGUGGAUUUGGGAAAAGCCUGGUCUAAGUCAGACUGUUGGUCGCUAAAUCUUUUGAAUAAAUCAGAAACACAGACUAAAGGUAUCAGUAGAACUAGUGAAAGCCCUAUUUUUAUAGAACCUUUGGAUCCGACUGACACUGCGAAUCGACGAUGAGGUCACGUGGUCGAUAAUUCCAACCACUUUCUAACACAGGGAUCCCAAGAUUGCGAGAAACUUGACUCUAGCAAAUAACUGGAUACAAAAGAAAGCUAGCUUGCGUGCCGCAACCAAACGUUACUCUGUAUUAAUCAAUGCUAGUAAAAAUACACAGGUGAUUAUUGAAAAUCUCGCGCGCUGAUUGGUCGAGAAACUCACACUAUCA